UUCAGCAACACCUCUGCUAAUGAUUACACCACAAUGGAGGAGUAUUUCAUUCCACCUUACAACUAUGGAGGGUAUCCUGGCUAUUUCCCCUUUUACCCCGGCAACGCGAAAUUUAAGCAGCAAAACUGGAAUAAAAAGGGAAACAAUUUGUAUGUUGCGCCAGAUGCCCCCGAUUAUUUUGACGUUUACAAACGCGCGCAGUUAAAAGCGAUACUAUCUCAGGUGAACCCGAAUCUGACCCCGCGCCUCCGCAAGGCCAACACUAGAGAGUUCGGUGUGCAGGUAAACCCAAAGGUAGAUGCCACUGUCCAGUGCUCACUCGGCCCCAAAACGCUGUUUUAUCGCGGCGAUAAAUGGGACUCACCGAGGACGCCGUCCAUCAACCCACUAAAACUGAAAAUGAAAGACAUUCUGCCCAGCACACCUGUCAACUCCGUCCGCUUCUCCCGUCCCGGCGUCGCCAUCUACUCCCCCGUCUUCGACCGCAGGAUUUUCUCCUUAUCCACGACUGCCGGUGAAAGUAAGGACGAUGGCGGGGAUGAGAGCAACGAGACGGACAGUGAGACGGACGACGACGAGGAGAAGUGUAAACGGGACGAAACCACGCACAACGAAUCACGGCAGGAGAAGUCGUUGAUUCAGCGAAAUAAACGGUCUAACUUUCAGUUUCUGGAGCAAAAAUAUGGAUUUUAUCACUGCAGUAAGUGCAAUAUUCGAUGGGAAAGUGCAUUUGUGUGGUGCAUCUCGGGAACCUCCAAGGUGUACUUCAAACAGCACUGCAGAAAGUGCCAGGCGGGACUGAAUCCAUUCAGGGUUGAAUCCAUUCAGUGCCAGGUUUGCUGCAAGGCUCGCUGCUGCUGUGAACGAAAGCAGAGGCACAUUGACCUGCGCCGUCCUCACCGUCAGGAACUGUGUGGCCGCUGCAAGGGCAAAGGCCUUUCCUGUGACACCAUCUACAGUUUCAAGUACAUAGUCUAAAUGUAAAGGUGUAUAAGUAUGCGUUUUAGAAUCUGUAUUGGUGGCCCAUUUGACAUUGGGUGGGAUGUAUUGUAUUUUUGUAUUUGUGUAAAGGUGUAAGUUUAUAUAACCUAAUAAAGUAUUGCAGCAUAA